AUGUCCAUCGAACGAGAAAAUCAGAUCCAUCCGAUUGUCACGGAGUCCACACUCUCGAAUCUCUACAGCCUCACAUCUUCGCUUUUCGGCGUCACGGCCGGUAUCCUCGGCCUCGAAUCUUACAACGGCUUCCUCCUCUACCUCGUCCUCUCCGUCAUCACGACUAUUUUCGUCUACGUCGUCAAAGUACUACCCGAGUCGUUAUCCGAAGGGCGGUCGAUCGGGGACACGGAGCGUUUCUUCAAAGGCGCUUUGCAGUUUUGGAGCGGUGGAUUGGCGAGCGGCAUGCCGGGGUUUGUGCUGACGUGGACGCUGUUCUACGGCCUUGUACGGGUAUGA